GGCCCUUUAAAGAAUAUUGUGUCACUGUCGCUUUAAAUGAGACGGCUGCCUGUUCGCGGCUGCUCGUUAACCCUUUCCCAGGCAGGUCCUGUCAGCGCGGCGCCGCCUGCAGGCAGAGCUGUCGGGACUUGCAGGGACCGCUCUUCCUCAUUCCUCAGUCACACGCGGAGCGGGAGAUCUGGGACAUAACUAAGGCUUUGGGCUUGUGAUCGCUCUGGUGACGUCAUGCCCCCCUGGGUGGUCGCUCAGUGGUUGGCGCUGGUGAUGCUGGCAUACGCGAUGGCGGAGCCUGUGCCCAGGAUUACGUUCCAAUCCGGUGACCCCUCCAGGUCAGUGAAUAUCUUCCGCAGAAGUGACAUCCAGCACUAUGACCGCCUGCUGCUCUCACAGGAUGGGGAGACGCUCUACGUGGGCGCCAGCGACAACAUCCUAGCGUUCAGCCUGAAGGACCCCGGGAACAUCCUGCUGACCAGAGAGAUUUCUUGGGCGUCCAAACCCGAUCAAAUCGAGAACUGUAAGUUGAAGGCAAGGAAACAGGCUGAAUGUUUAAAUUUUAUGCGAAUUCUGCUCCAUUUAAACGACACCCACCUGUACGCCUGCGGGACCAACGCCUUCAGCCCAACCUGCACCUAUGUGGACCUGAAGGGCUUUUCGUUGCUGCUCAGUCAUAAGAACGAGACCGUAACGGUUGACGGGAAGGGUCAGUCGCCCUUCGACCCUCAGCACACACACACAGGCAUCAUGGUGGAUGGCGAGCUGUAUACUGGCACCAUGAACAACUUCAUGGGUAACGAGCCCAUCAUCCUGAGGAGCCUGGGCACCCGGCCAUCCCUCAAGACCGACGCCUCGCUGGGCUGGCUGCACUCGGACACCUCGUUUGCGGGGUCAUUCUACAUCCAGUCUCAGGACUUGGCCGGCAGGGUGUACUUCUUCUUUGAGGAGACUGGGAAAGAGUUUGACUUCUUUGACAAGGUGACGGUAUCCAGAGUCGCCCGGGUGUGCAAGGACGACGUUGGAGGAGACAAAGUCCUACAGAAGAAAUGGACGACCUUCCUGAAGGCGCAACUGGUCUGCAACCACAUGGACAACUUCCCCUUCAAUGUCAUUCGUCACGUGGCGCUCGUCAGUCCAGACAACCCGCAAAACACUGUCUUCUAUGGAGUGUUCACUUCACAGUGGCAGGUAGGUGGCUCCAGCAGCUCCGCCGUCUGUUCCUUCAGACUCAGAGACAUUGAAGACGCUUUCAACAGAAACUACAAGGAGCAGAACAAGGAAAGUUACAAGUGGACCCGAUACACGGGACCGGUGUCCAGUCCUCGUCCCGGGAGUUGCUCCUCAGGAAAGUUCUCGGACACGGACCUGAACUUCAUGAAGGAUCACUUCCUGAUGGAUGAGAAGGUCUCGCCCAUCGAUCGGCGCCCCCUGCUGAUCCAGCAGAGCCUCAGCUACACGCGCAUCGCCAUUGACUCUGUGCAGGCCCUGUCAGGAGAUCCCUACACGGUGAUGUACCUGGGCACAGAUCGGGGCUCAGUACAUAAGGUCGUCCUGGUAAAAGGUGGCAUGGAGUCUCAUAUCAUCGAGGAGCUGAGACUUCUUCCGGAAUCGGAGCCCAUUGAGACCCUCCUGCUGGCCCCCAUAAAGGACAUGCUGUAUGUCGGCUCCAGAGGUGGCCUCCUGCAGGUUCCCCUGGUGAACUGCAGCGCCUACCGCACCUGCAUAGAGUGCAUCCUGGCGCGAGACCCGUACUGCGCCUGGAGCGUGCCCAGCCAGAAGUGCCAGCGGAUCGCAUCAAACCAGGAGAACCACGCCCCCCGACUGCAGGACGUAGAGGAGGGGAACCCCAACACAACCUGUCUGAACCCCAACAUGAAGGGCCGAGGUCAACGGCCAUCGCAGGACAACCCACCGACCAGAGUUGGUAACUUCUCGGUGGCCUAUAACUCCAUCGUCGAGCUCCAGUGCCCGCGGAUUUCGUCUCUCGCCACCUACAGCUGGAAGCAUCCGGGGCAGACGCUGGACAGGCAGGUGCUCACCCCAUCGGGCUCUCUGGUCGUCAUCGUGAAGACUGACACGUUGGGCCCCUACGAGUGUUGGGCCAAUGAGAACGGGUUCUGGUACAAGGCGGCUCAGUACUGGAUCAAGGACCCGAGCGGGGUGGGCAUCAGCCACAGAGGCUCCGUCAAUGGCGACAGUAACAUGGCCUUCGAGAAUGGCGUUUCCUCCAGCAGCAGUCAACACGACUACUUCAAGCCGUUUGUGGCGGUGACGGUGCUGCUGGCGGUGACGCUGGGCGUGUGCACCUGUCUGGCGCUUUACACCUGGUGGGACCAAAUCAAAGCCAAGAGUAAAAUCCAGAGCUGCAGCACGCCCGAGUCCGAGAAGCUGUCUGGAGCCAAACCGCCGGAGAAGACCCCCCUGAACGGCUUCUGCCAGUACAGCCGCAACAUUGCCAAACCGUGCUGCGUACCCUGCAGGGCCGGCAGCAAGAUGGACGUAGACAACAACAGCGUCAACCUGACGCCCAACGGGGGAGCGGCAGACGUCGCCUCCGACGUCUGAGCGCCUGCACACGUGCGACGCCACGAGCGGACACACUGCCACGUUCAUACUGGGGUUCAUGACGGAUCUUCCGGUCGCCUGACCUAUGUGAAUUUGGCGGCACCUACCUCUCCGGCCGAGAGAACCACUUGCACACGGGACCAAUAAGGACUUGCUGAACCGUAAGCCAAGAUGGCCGCCAGGCCUGAGGAGCGGGGGCGGACUGGGCGACUGUUUCCCCUUUUAUAAUGUGAAGCCACUUGUACAUAGAGACAGAUCACUGCCGAUGGUGAGUGCAACCGGUGCGGGGGCCCCCGGGGUGAGCGAGAGGGAUCACGCCUGGACCGCCGCGUAACACGCGUGACUGCGCAGAAGUGUCUGUGUGUCCUGCUGAUAUAUGAGGGGGGGGAGGGAGGGGGGUAAGUAUUGAGUGUCCAAUGUCUCCUGUUAUUGCAGUACCGUAUCAGUAUUAUAGGGGGCGCUGUGUGCACGAGUGUUUAUAAUAAAAGAGCCAACCAGGA